AUGAAGAAUGAUUCAUCUCAUAAAUUUUAUGCAUGGUUCGAUGUAUCAAAUAAUCUCGAUGAUGAACGUAGUUGGAUACGAAAAUAUAUUGAAUUUGAUCAAACAAAACGUACAUUGACAUUCUAUUCCAAUGACUGUAUACGUUCAAUAAAACAAGCACCUAUCGUCGAUUUAAAUAGUGAAAUGAUAUCAUUAUCAUCAUCAGCAACAUCAUCAUCUUCAUCAUCAUCACUAUGUGCAUCAUCAAUAUUAACAAAUAAUACGGGUGUUGGUGGACGUUCAUCAGUUAGUGUUCUUCGACCAAGUUAUAUGUUACAAUCAUUAUCAGAAUAUAUGUCACCAUCAUUAUCAAAAGCAAUUUUUUCUUCAUCAUCAACUAAUGAUGAUAAAACAGCAACGUUAACUCCAUCAAAUAAUAAUCCAAUACAAUCGAAUCCUAUCCGUCAUGCAUCAUUCACGGACUCAUUAUCUGAUCGUUUGUCUUCAAGCACAACAACAUCGACUCGACAAUCAAAAACAAAAUUUUCAUAUUUUUUUGGUCGUUCAUCAGCCAAUAAUAAAUCAAAUCAACAAUCUUUACCAUCACCAAAUAUAAAUAUUGAUUCAUUAAAACGCACCAAAAGUGUUACUAAAUUAGAACGACAAAAACGUCUUCAACAACCUUUAAUAACUACAAAUAAUCAACAAACAUCUCCAUCACUUCAUAACAUUCCAACAAAUCGAUCUCGUUCACAUGAAUCUCUUUUUGUAUUAAAUGGUACAUCUGGUAAUGGUUCAUUAGGAUCAAUAUCAACAACAAUUCCGACUCAAUUAAUGUUAGAUACGUGUCAUAUUCGUCGUUUACAUCCAAGUAUAUUACAAACAUCAUUAGAUACAAAUGAUGAACAUUUUUCAUCAUAUCCUUGUAUUGAAAUACGAAAUAAAAAUGAGAAAAAAAAUUAUUAUCUACGUUCUAAACAAUAUUCACCUGAUUGUUCAAUAUUAACGAAUAAUUUACGACAAACAUCUUUAGAUACAAUCACAAAAAUACAUGGUUUAAGAACAGAUAAUUCAUUAGAUAUUUGGAUAUUAGAAGCGAAAGGUUUACCUACGAAAAAAAAAUAUUACGUUAAAAUUUUUCUUGAUGAUGAUAUAUAUGGUAAAACAACAAGUAAAGAACGACGUGAAAUAUUGUUUUGGGGUGAAAAUUUUACAUUUAAAGAUAUACCAGAAGGUUGUUCAAUACUUCGUUGUAAAAUUUAUCGAGAAGUUGAACGACGUAAACAAAAGCAAAUCAAUGGACAUGAUAUUGAUUUAAUUGGUUAUGUUGAUAUACCAUUAUCAAUAAUAACAGGAAAUCAAUUUAUUGAACAAUGGUAUCCAUUACAAAUACCAUCAGGUUUAACUGUAACUGGUAAAGAUAAAUCACAAAGAUUACAAGAUGGAUCAUUUAAUAUUAGAAUUAAAGCGAAAUAUCAAGCCAUUGAAAUUUUACCAAUUGAAUCAUAUUUACAUUUACAAGAAUAUAUACGACGAGAUUAUCUUCGACUUAUUAGAAUUCUUGAACCACAUAUUAGUCUACGUGAUAAAGAUGAAAUUGCCACAUCAUUAACUCGUAUUGCUCAAUCAUUAUCAUUUUCCACAUCAUUUCUUGUUGAUAUUGUUCAAGCAGAAAUUUUAUCUACACCAGAUAAUACAUUAACAUUUCGUGGUAAUUCAAUCGCAACAAAAUCAAUGGAAGCCUAUAUGAAAUUAAUUGGUGAAACAUAUUUACGUGAAACAUUAACAAAAUUUGUAACAGAUAUUGUUUCAUCCAAAACUUCCAAUGAUAUGGAUUUAGAAGUUGAUCCAGGUCGAGUAUCAAAUGUACAAAAUUUAGAACGAAAUCAAAUUACAUUACGAACAUUAUGUGAAAAAAUUUGGUUAGAAAUUCAACAAUCACAUUCAUUAUUUCCUCAGGAAUUAAAACGUAUAUUUUGGAAACUUCGACAAUUAUCAUCAUCAGAUGAAACAAUGUUUAAUUUAAUAAGUGGAUCUGUUUUUCUUCGUUUCCUUUGUCCAGCUAUUCUAUCACCUAAUCUAUUCGGUCUUACACAAGAAUAUCCAAAUGAAAAAUCCUCAAGAAAAUUAACAUUGAUUGCUAAAACAUUACAAACAUUAGCAAAUUUUUCAAAAUUUGGUCCAAAAGAAUCUUAUAUGAAAUUUAUGAAUGAUUUUGUUGGAAAAGAAUCGGAUAAUAUGCGUCGAUUUUUAGCUAAUAUAUCUACCGUUGAUCAUGAUUAUGAUGAACCACGAUCAUCACAUGUUAAUAAUACUCAUGAUGAUAAAUGUGAUAUUGAUUUAGGUCGAGAAUAUUCAAUUCUUCAUACAACUCUUGCUGAUUUAUUUGAACAAAUCGAUAUAAAUACACGUCGAACAUUAAAUGAAUUAGAAUAUGUUUUAAAUGAAUUAACAAAUAUUAAAUUAUUUUAUUCAUCAUCAUCAAAUAGUACGCAAAUUCAUUUACAUCAUCAUCAUCAUCAUAUCUAUCAUCAUUCAACAACACCAAUAUCAUCUGAACAAUUUUAUAAUCGUUUAGAUAAACAAUCCAAUGAUAUACGUUCAUCCCCAUAUGGUAGUCAAAUAUCUUUAUCAUUAACUGGUACAGGUACAACAAAUGGUUCAUCACAAGGUUAUCAUUCAAUAUCAGCAUCACCAACAAUAACAACUGUUGAAAAUCUUAAUAAAGAAAAUAUUCGUACACCAUUGUCUUUCAAAAAUCCACUUUUUAAUAAUAAUAAUAAUAAUCAAAUGAUGAAAACAGAUGAACAUAUUCAUAGUGAUUUAUCUGAUGAUGAUAAUAAUCAAAGACAUUUAAAUCAAUCUCAAACUGAUUCAACAAAAGCACUUUAUUUUAUUAAUAGUCUUUGUAUUGAAUCUCUUCAAAAUCCAUCAUCACCUUCUCCUUCUUCAUCUUCUCAUCAAUCUCUUGUUCAUUCAGCUAGUCGACAAUCUUUACAACAACAACCAUUAUUUGUUUUAAAUAAUAGUUAUAUGACAAGAAGUACACAAAGUUUAGCAUCAUCAAAUAUGACUAUACCACCACCACCUACAAAUAAAAAUUCUCCAACAACUUAUUAUUGUUUAAAAACAAAUGAUGAACUUAGUGGAACAAAUAAAAGACAAUCGAAUUUAGCAUCUCAACAACCACCACCGAAAAUGGGUGUCAAAGCACUGAGUCAUUCAUCAUCUAAUAAAGAAUUAGUUCUUCCACAACGCUCACCAAUGUUAAAUUUAUAUCAAGAAGAAAAAUGUCGUCGUAUGGAAUGUGAAAAACAAGCUGAACGACUUCGUGAUGAAUUAAAUCGAUCAAAUGAACAAAUUGAAGAAUAUCGACAAUUAAUUUAUUUAAUAAAUGAAAACAAUGUUACAACUAAUAUUGAUGAUCUGAAUAGAAUUGAUUAUUCGGAUGAUGAUAAUGAUAAUAAUAAUUGUCGACCAAUUGAAAAAAAUUUUUGUCUUGAUGAUAAUACAGAAAAGAAAUUUAUUUUUUUGUAUAGUAAACCACCAUUACCACCAGAUAAUGAUGAAGAUGAUGAUAUUGAUAAUUUAUCUAUACUUUCACAUCUUGAAAAUGAGAUAGGAUAA